AUGCUUGGACCGCCGCUCAACGUGCCAAAGUGGCUCGAGGAGAAUGGUCACCUGCUCAAGCCGCCCAUCAACAACUACUGCGUCUACAAUGAAGACGUCACCGUCAUGAUCGUCGGCGGCCCCAACGCGCGCACCGACUACCACAUCAACCAGACGCCCGAGUGGUUCUACCAGUACCGCGGCGCCAUGGUCCUCAAGGUCGUCGACGAGGGCUCCUUCCGCGACAUCGUCAUCCCCGAGGGCGCCAUGUUCCUGCUGCCCGCCAACACGCCGCACAACCCCGUGCGCUUCGCCGACACGGUCGGCAUCGUGCUCGAGCAGCGCCGCCCCGUCGACUCGGUCGACAGGAUGCGCUGGUACUGCGCCGCGUGUCCCGCUGCGGAUGCCGUCGUCGUCCACGAGGCGGCUUUCCACUGCACCGAUCUCGGGACCCAGAUCAAGCAGGCUGUCGAGGACUUUCGCGCCGACGACGCCAAGCGUGCGUGUGGUCGCUGCGGCACCCUCGCCGACUGGGCGCCGAAGCCGGGGUCUAUUCCGGACCCGAACCUCCAGCCGGAGGCGUACGGGCUGGGGCGUUGA